UUUAGCACAGUUAUAAAACGUUUGUCCCCGUCAGGCCGCCGUCCUGCAGGUCCGCCAUAUUGUCUGCCGAAGCUGCCGCUGAAGCUACUGCUGCGGCCGCCGCCAAGUCUGAGCGAGCGGAGCCGCGAUGGAGACCAUGGCAAGCCCAGGGAAGGACAAUUAUCGAAUGAAGAGCUAUAAGAACAAUGCCUUAAACCCCGAGGAAAUGAGACGAAGGAGGGAGGAAGAAGGCAUUCAGCUUCGGAAACAGAAGCGGGAACAACAACUUUUUAAACGGAGAAAUGUAGAGCUGAUUAAUGAAGAAGCUGCCAUGUUUGAUAGUCUGCUGAUGGAUUCCUAUGUGAGCUCUACAACUGGGGAGAGUGUGAUUACAAGAGAAAUGGUGGAGAUGCUCUUUUCUGAUGAUUCUGACUUGCAGUUAGCAACCACACAGAAAUUCCGGAAACUCCUUUCCAAAGAGCCAAGUCCUCCAAUAGAUGAAGUUAUUAACACUCCAGGAGUAGUUGAUCGGUUUGUGGAGUUUCUGAAGAGGAAUGAGAACUGUACAUUACAGUUUGAAGCUGCCUGGGCUCUAACAAACAUUGCCUCUGGAACCUCUCAGCAGACCAAAAUUGUCAUUGAAGCAGGAGCUGUCCCCAUUUUUAUAGAGCUGCUUAACUCAGACUUUGAAGAUGUACAAGAGCAGGCAGUCUGGGCUCUUGGAAACAUAGCUGGUGACAGUUCGGUUUGCAGAGAUUAUGUCUUGAAUUGUUCCAUCCUUAAUCCUUUGUUAACACUCCUUACUAAGUCCACACGACUGACGAUGACUCGGAAUGCAGUCUGGGCCCUGUCAAACCUCUGCCGAGGGAAGAACCCUCCUCCAGAGUUUGCAAAGGUCUCUCCUUGUUUGCCUGUAUUGUCCCGACUACUCUUCAGCAGCGACUCUGACUUGCUGGCAGAUGCUUGCUGGGCCCUCUCUUACCUGUCUGAUGGCCCCAAUGAGAAGAUCCAGGCAGUCAUAGACUCUGGAGUCUGCCGGAGAUUGGUAGAGCUUCUGAUGCACAACGAUUACAAAGUGGCGUCUCCUGCCUUGAGAGCUGUGGGUAAUAUUGUCACUGGGGAUGACAUCCAGACCCAGGUCAUUCUUAACUGCUCAGCCCUUCCUUGCCUCCUCCACCUGUUGAGCAGCUCUAAGGAAUCAAUCCGGAAGGAGGCUUGCUGGACCAUUUCAAACAUUACUGCUGGCAACAGGGCUCAAAUACAGGCUGUCAUAGAUGCAAAUAUCUUCCCUGUAUUGAUUGAAAUCCUUCAGAAAGCAGAGUUCCGUACAAGGAAAGAAGCAGCCUGGGCCAUCACCAAUGCCACGUCAGGAGGGACCCCUGAGCAAAUCAGGUACCUGGUAUCACUGGGCUGCAUUAAGCCCCUGUGUGAUUUGCUGACUGUAAUGGAUUCAAAAAUUGUGCAAGUGGCCCUUAAUGGACUAGAAAACAUUCUUCGGCUUGGAGAGCAAGAGGGCAAGCGUAGUGGCUCAGGGGUCAAUCCCUACUGUGGCCUCAUCGAGGAAGCCUAUGGCUUGGAUAAAAUUGAGUUUCUCCAGAGCCAUGAGAACCAGGAAAUCUACCAGAAGGCCUUUGACCUCAUUGAGCACUACUUUGGUGUAGAGGAUGACGACAGCAGCCUGGCUCCUCAGGUGGAUGAGACGCAGCAGCAGUUCAUCUUCCAACAGCCUGAGGCCCCCAUGGAGGGCUUCCAGCUAUAAUGUCUGCCUCCGGGGAGGGGAGGGCAUGGGAAGCACCAGCAGCCAGCAGAGGAGCAGCUUUCUGGUGGGUCCGGGAACAGCCACCCCACCAGCAGCCACCGCACACUGCUGCCCUGGACACUGUGCUCUUGACCUGCUUAUCUCCUUCCCUGAGGCAGCGCCCUCUGGACAGACAGAACCUUCUGAGGCUCACAUUGGGUUCUGAGACAAGAAGGGGACAUGUGGGUUUCUCUUCCUUACACUUUAUUUUGGCUGCACACAUGUCUUUAACCCAGGAGCCCAGGGGUAGACAAAGGAGGACUGAGGUAACCAAUUUGCACCUUUAAAAUUUUUUUCUUUUAUUUACUUUAGUGGUGACUUCCUUCCCAAUUAUCUUUCUUCAUCCAUCCCAGUCUUCUGCCCUGACUUGUGUAACUCUUGGGUACUUGAGCAGAUGGAAUAUUCCAGAGGUGGGAGGUGGGAGGGGAGGGGAGAAGUCCGAAACAAAGUGUUCUUGCUCUGACCGAAUAUUAAUCUUGUAUGCUUGGAUUAUUUAAUUUUUUCUUUUGCACAUUUUUCUUGUAUUAAGGUUGUUCUUCCCAAAAAGCUGGAUGUAGGAACCCAGCCACCAGCAUUGUCUGGAAAUAGAGGCUAAUGGGGAGGCCCCCAUGAGACAACGGUCCCUCCCUCCCCCUGACCCUAUGCCUAAGACCUCUUUAGUUUGGGAGGACCCCCCCCCUCUCACACUCCUGGAGCAAGUGUACCAGUGGAGUAGAGGGAGGGGCAUAGGCCCUUAGAUGUGGCUUCUCCUGUGUAGCUACUGACCCUGUUUCCUACCCACCUCCUAAAUGGUGCGACCCAACUUCAUUUGUUUACUUGAAACUUCACCUCAGAGUUGAAUGAACUUCUGAGGUGGCUGUGUUUUCUCCUGAGCUUGAGAUGGGGGGCUGUGGUCCUUCCUUCUCCUGAGGAGAAAGUCCUUGCUCUGAUGGCCCUAAGUUGCAGAGGAGGUUGGAGUUAGCGUCGUGUAUUGGGAUAGUCAUGAAUCCCUGCCUUUGGCCUUUCUUCCUCCUCCUGUCAUAGCUGGAUCAUGUAUAUUUCACUUCCAAAGGAGAGAAGGUCAAAAAGGCCUGCUGUCGUUCUUUUUAAUAGUCUGUAUUUUAAGUAGGUCAGUCUUAUUUGGUCUUAGGAGGACAAACUGGAUGUGAGUGGGACCCUGUGAGGAAAACCAGAAAGACGUACAAGUUUCUGCUCAGAGGACUGAGCUCGGUCCUUCCUUUCUCUGCUUGUAUGCUGGGCCACCACUUGGGCCCAACUCUCACUUCUGGAACCUUUAUGAAGUAAAUCAGCUGGGUCUGAUUGUUCCAGCCUGAGGGAAGCAAGCAGGGCCCCAAGGCCUGAGUCUGCUGCUCUGUUCCCUGCUUCCAAGCCGAAAGCAUCCUGCCUUCUUUCUCUAACUCAGUGUCAGCCACUGUUACCCACAAGGAACCCUGUUGGCAUCUCCCUUCUGAGGAUCCUUGUGCCUGCCUUGCAUUUCCCUUUUCUUGUGAGUUACACAGAUAUCUAUCUCUCCCCGCCCCCUCUUGUGUUCAGUGCCUCAGAGGCUGGCCUGUUUUAAGGGGUUACACAGUACACUAAAACCAAGCUCUAAGAGCUGGGAGUGGGGGGUGUGCAUUGUCAGCUAGGUAGACCACCUGUGGAGGUGGCAGCCCAGUGUCCCUUUGUGGUGACCCCCCCACACCCUUACCUGCACUUUUCUUCCUCUAGAAUAGCACUGUUCUUACUCCUGUUCCAACAGAUCUCUCCGUGCCCACACUUGCAGAUCUAAAGUUCAGGUUCUUGCUGCUGGCCUCUCUGCCUUUCCAUCUGCCAUCUCUCCUUUAGUUUUGGGUUUCCUCUAAGAAAGAUAGUUCAGGGCUAGCAGUUGAUACUGAAAAGUUCAACCAACAUUGGACCAGGUUGGCGAGUGCCUUCCAGGAAGGCAAGGGGCUGGGCCUUUUUUUAACUGGCUAAAACUCCUCCUAGUUCAAAGAAAAGUCCUCUAUGAAGCCAUCAUUGCCCUUUAUCUGAAGAGUAGAACAUGGAACAUCUCAAGUGACAGUUAGGACCCUGGCCCUGGAGCCAGAUCCUCAGCACGAGACAUCCGUGUCCUGCUUCUCUCUGUCCUUUUCUCUAAUAUCUCUGGCUUCAGAGCAGAUCCUGUACCACAUGGAAGACGCUGGUUAUCUGGCUGCUCUAGGUGUUCCUCACAGAUCAUAUCUAGUGACUGACAGCCUGCUCCGGGCUGACUGGCUUCAGUUUCCAGCUCUCCCCGGUGACUACAGCCCUGGAUGUUGGUUGCAGCCUAUUGGUAUAACUGUAUGAGUUCCAGCCUGCUUGGCACCAUUAUUCCUUGGGUCUGUGCACAAGAGUGCUUCCGAGGAGCAGGUAUUGAUAACCUGGUUUUGGAGACCUUUGUACUUCCUCCUGCACCUGGAGUCAUCCCAGGAGCCUGUGUUCUGAAGCUAACAGUGGGUAGAGCUGCAGUUGUACUUAGCUGAGGGAGAGGGAAAGAAGGUGCUGAUGCAUGGAGUUUGUUUCUCUGAAAACAAACCAGUACAAAGACACACUUCCCACAUGCAGGAAGUGUGUUUCUACUUCUAUCUGCCUGCAAAGGUAGCAGCUCACAGCACUACAUGUCCUGGGGGCCUCUGCUCUCUGUGCAGACCCCAGCUCUUCUCUUCCAGGCUCACUCAUUUUGGUAUCCAUCCUCUUGGGUAUUCUUCAGGCUUACAUUCUAACUUCUCAGAGGCAUAAAAAAAACCCGAGCUUCUCCAGGUCCCUGCAGACCCAGGAGGGAGACAGGAUGGUGGCAAGCUUCCCUAGCAGGCUGGGGAAGUGUGCAAGGCUAGGUGCGCUGAGCCAUACAAGAUUCUGAGCAGUCGCAGCUUCAAGCGACACUUCCCUGAGAAGUGGUAAGAGACAGACUUCCUGGCACAUUCUAGACCAAUCUCACCCAGUAUUUUUUUUUUCUGUUUUACCUUUUGUAUUCUUUUGUUAAGCCAACAAACUGAGAGUUUGCCCCUCUAAGGAUCCAUGUGGUGGGUACUAGCUGCUCUUUGGCCAAAGGCCUUCCUAGCUGACUCAGUGUCCCAGUCUAUCCUCUAGUCCCACCCCAGAAUGCAUGGCAAGGGAAGACUCUAAGGUCAACUCCAACAACUGGAAUGAAAACUUGUUUUCCUUCUGAGAGAGCAUCUUGUCUGAAGCCUGGACAGUGCAGUACAAAGCUGGCUGUGAGAAAGCAGGCAGGACCAAAGCUGGCUGUGAGGAAGCAGGCAGAAACUGGGGAGCCUGGCGACCAGAGGGGGCGCUCUUGUGAUGUGUCUUCAAGGGCUUGGGCUUACCUACCUACUGUAGGCCAGCCUGACUUCUGAUACUCACACUAGCACAUUCUGAUGAAGCCCACUAGCCCUGCACUCCUGUGGCUCUGAUUUUCAAGUUUCCAUUUAGAGAAAGGAACCCUAGAGCAUGUGCAAGAAGCUGUGAAGGAGGACUGAGGCUGCCUGGAAACCUGUCAGGGGCUCACACCACGACCUCUUAGAAGCUGGGCGUGGGUGCUGGCUUUGUUAGCCAGCUCUUUUGGGAAAUGCCUUUUUUUGACCUAUUCUAUAAAUGAAGUGGGUAUGAGGUCUCAGCUACCUAGCAGAUGGAAACAUCACCCAAGGUCAGCUUGGGUUUCCAGGUAAGAACCCUAGAAAGGUGAAUUUAAUCCUUACAGGUUUUGUUUUCCAAAUUCAUUUGCUUUUAUUUUUCUAAGAACUGUAAACUCUAUUUUUUCAUGAUCUCAGGGCCCCUGGGUAGACAGACAAAGCUUGAUUUCAGAGCAGAGAUAGGCCAAGAAACCAUGGCAUUGAGUGUGCUGCGUCCAGACAAAUGAUAUUUAUAUACACAUCCAAAUUUGAAAAGAAAAUGUAUUUCUUUAGGUUUCAAACACUGUAAUAGAUACAAAGCAAAAAUAAAAACAUGUUGCAAA